AUGUACGGGGUGCUUAAAACGUUUAUGGCCGGUCCUGCGAGGAAUAGCUUGCGUUGUAAUCGGCGAUCAGAUAGAUUAUUGUUUGUGUUCGCAAAGUGCGGUACUAUGACGUGCCUGAUGACUUGCAUUGGGACACAUGCGGACGGUGAUAGCUCGCGAUGAACGUGGCGAUAAUCUCGCUAGCAUGAACGAAUGACGCAUAGCGUGCAACAUCACGAAACUAUCGUCGUGACAAUGUGUAUGUUAUGUUUUCGUUACUUAUCUCUUUUUCUUCUUGCUCCUUUUGUCUCGCAAGUUUGUGAAGAAAAGAUGCUGUGGUAAUGAUGGCAUUAUGGACGAACAUUGCUGUAGAAAACCAUACUGAGUGUUUCUUACCGGCAGCCCGAUUAAUAGAAAUAGAAUACAACGCGACUUGCUUCCAGUUCGCUGACCACACGGUGACAGCGGCGGGACUUUGAUGGACUAAAAGACGAUCAACAAAUUUUCGGUAAACAAAUAGAGAGAUUGAAAAUGUUUCUCUCUCUCUCGCAGGAUUUUGACGAAACCGUAGUCGUGGCCAAACUUUGAUUAAAGUAACUCUAGUUAAAAUGAGAUAAGUACAUUUUUCUCAUUCUAACCUAUUACACUAGAGUAGCAGCACAGCUGAAAAGAACAAACUACUUUCUCUACAGCAUCUAAACCAGAACUCAAUUGGUUCUUUUCAACUGCACUGCUAAACUGAUGCAAAAAGUUAGAGUGAGAAAAAUAUACUUAUCUCAUUUUAACUUAUUGCACCAGUGCAGCAGUUAGCUAAAAAGAACAGAUCACAGUUAUCGAUGACAGCUGUCCGGUUAAAUAUACUUUAAAUUGAAAGUGUGUCAAAUAGCCAAGAUAAAUCAGGAGACAGGCUGGAAACACGUUAAUUCAUAUAGAAAAAGAUUAUCAUCCGACACAGUAACUUAAACGGAAAAUUGACUAAGUCACAUGAGCAAAAAUUCAUGAUGUGGCAACAUGAUGAACAUCUUUUUAAGACCUUGUGUACAAUAUGUAUCUGUCACAGAUGAAAAGAAUGUUUAUUAUUAUAGUCAUUAAAUGAUAUAUGGAGACUAUAAGAAUGAAUAGGGCAGAAAGUACAGAUACUGGUAAAGGUUGGCAUGAAUGUGCUAACUGGUUGACAAGAUGCGGAGCAUUACGAGCAGAUCACAAAGCCAACUGGCCACAAGCAACUGCAUUUGAUUUGGCCUAUACAUUGCGGGAUGGUGUGUUGCUUUGCAAUCUACUGAAUACUAUGGACCCAGGGUGUAUAGAUAUGAAGGAUGUAAACCAGAAGCCACAAAUGGCACAGUUCUUGUGUCUGCGCAAUAUAAAGGUGUUCUUAUCAGCAUGCUCAAACAUUUUUGGCCUUUUGGAAUCAGACCUCUUUGAACCAUCUAUGCUGUUUGAUUUAUCCAAUUUUCAUCGUGUCCUUUGUACAUUAUCUGCAUUAUCUAAUUGUCCACGACUUAGGCAAAAGGGUAUAUCUGGAUUUUCAGUUGGUCAUGGACGGUCACAGGAGGAUAUAUAUAAAGACUUGCAAAGCGCUGGUGCAGGUGCUACAACUACAUUGGUGAUGUUUACCAUAAAAACUAAGGCUGUGGAUAUAGAUGAGUCUAAGGUUUAUCAAGAAUUGCUCUGCUUCUCGAGUAAUUCUCAGUGUGACUGGCCUUCCGUGGAGAAGGGAGGUACUAUCACUGGAGGUGAGAAAAGAGAUUACGUGAUCCAGGAACUUGUAGAAACCGAGCGGAACUACUCGGAAGUACUGAGCAGUUUACUCAGGCAUUUCGCCAGGCCACUGUCAUCGUUGUUGCGACCCGAGGACUCCGUCCGCAUUUUCUUCGGCAUUAAGGAACUCUCAGAGAUCCACGUUGGCUUCCACAGUCAGUUGCGUAAGGCGCGUAGCGGCGCCGCGUUAGCCCAAGUAUUCCUAGACUGGCGGGAGAAGUUCCUUAUUUAUGGCGAUUAUUGUACCAAUCUUACUCUCGCACAAAACACGUUGCAGGAGGUUUGCGCUAACGAAAUAGUCAAUCAGGAAGUUAUCAGGUGCCAACAAGAAGCUAACAACGGUAAAUUUAAACUGCGCGAUAUAUUGUCCGUGCCAAUGCAAAGAGUACUCAAAUAUCACUUAUUAUUGGACAAACUUGUUGAAGAAACACCUCGUGAAUGGGUCGAGGAUUACCGACAAUUGACGAAAGCGAGGGAAGUAAUGGUUGACGUCGCUCAAUAUAUAAACGAGGUAAAACGAGAUUCCGAUACAUUGGACAUCAUAAAAGACAUUCAAGCAUCGAUAAUUGACUGGGAUGUUCCCGAGGACACACAGCUCAAGGAUUUUGGUCGUUUACUUCGGGAUGGCGAGCUCAAGGUAAAAGCUCAUGGCGAUCAACGGAUUAAAGCUCGCUAUGCGUUUAUUUUCGAGCAAGUAGUAUUAAUUUGCAAGGCUGGCAGAGGAGAUCAAUACUGUUAUCGGGAAACUUUGCGAUUAGAUGAUUAUAGACUGGAAGAUCAUAUAGGCCGACGGACACUGGGCAGAGAUUCGCGUUGGUCCUAUCAAUGGCUACUUGUACAUAAACAAGCGUAUACAGCAUAUACUCUAUAUGCAAGAACAGAAGAGCAGAAGCAGGUAUGGAUAAAAGCGUUGCAAGACGCAAUGGAUAAUGUCAACCCCGCUGCUUGUCGCAACACCAAUCACAAAUUCAAGUUGACAACAUUCGAUAUACCUAGAAGUUGUCAACGCUGUGGAAGAUUUCUCAAGGGCCGUAUAUUCCAGGGCUACAAAUGUGAGACAUGUUGUCUAGCUGUACACAAGCAAUGUAUUACGCAUUCGGGUCGCUGUAUGCCAGCACCGCCAUCACCAACACCACCUCCACCUUUACCUUAUGAACGUGCUCUGUCUGUGAAGCUGUGGUUUGUCGGAGAGAUGGGCAGGGAUGCAGCUUCUAACAAAUUAGAAUGCCGCGAAGAUGGAACAUACAUGCUACGCGUUCGUCCGGCGGGGCAGCCACGUCUUCAGCAUGAAACCAAUUAUGCUCUUAGUAUUAAAGCGGAGGGAGCGGUGAAACAUAUUCGUGUAUUUAAGCGCGACGUGGAUGGCGCGGAUCUUUAUUAUCUCAGCGAAUCUCGUUUCUUCAAAACUGUUGUCGAACUUGUUGAGUACUAUGAGCGUCAGUCACUAUCGGAAAAUUUCGAGAAGCUGGACCAACGUCUACUGUGGCCGUAUCGACGAAUUUUGGCUAAAGCAUUAUUUGACUUUCACGGCUGCGAACGUAAUCAAUUAAGCCUGCGACGUGGUUGCCGGGUCGUAGUACUAAGCAAGGAAGGCGAUGCCAAAGGUUGGUGGAAGGGUAAAAUAGGAGAUCAAGUUGGAUUCUUUCCAAAAGAGUAUGUUGAGGAGGAAUAGAAUUGUUAAUGUCGAACUGUUACGUCUUGUUGCGUACGAUGUGUCGAGUUUCGAAAAUAAAUCGUAAAUAUGAUAAGCAACCUCACAAAGUACAGUCUUAUAACUAGUCCAUUACCGAGAGUAAUAGGUCAUAAUCUAAACUCGCUCGUCUGCUAACAAGUGCUUUGAUGAAUAGGUCAAUUAAAAGAGCAAAAUGAGGGUUAAAACUAAAGCAAUGAGUAUUUUAAACGAAAGCAGCACACAAAGAACAAUUUUUUUUUUACAAUAUAUGAACGACGUCUGUAAGUGCUUAAAGAAAAUGCUCACUAUGUACGAAUGGCACCUGCAGGCGCUCGACAAUAAUCGCUGGAAAUUUCUCUUUCAAUAAUUUAAAUAUUUUAUGUUAAAUAUUCUAUUUAUAUAUUAUUGUUAUCUACAUAAAUAUAAAAUAUUGAACGCAAAAGUGAUUUGGUUGAUUUGAUACAAUCCAUAAGUAACAUUGUAAUAUGUAACAAUGUUCCCUAUGCAAUGACAACUAUUGCUGUAACUCGGCUGUAUGCAGCUAGUGGCUUGCUUCCGAGUAACCCUGCAGUCAAAAUGUUAAUUAUCUACAUAUAAUCUAAAUAAGUUUGUGAAAACUUCUUCAGAAAAUAUAAAAACAGCUGUAUCUACCCGCAUAUAUUUUGCUUUUCUUCAGAAAUUAUCCGAGAAUCGUCAAUACAAAACCGACAUUUCGUACCUCGUAUGUAACAACUUAAACCUCUGCCGCGAAACUUUUGAUUGGUGACUGAUAUAUCUUUUUAGUUGUACGUAUAUUACAGAGAUUUUGAGCAUAUACUUUUAAUAUUAUCAAUCAAGAGUUCCAUGGCGAGAGACUAUAUUCAUGACCGCUCGAAACGCGCGAUGCUGUGGCAAUUAUCAUAUAUGGUGCAAUUAUAUUAAUUCUAUUUACGCAUACCUCAAUAGGAAGAGAUAAAAGGACGAAUUUAAUCGCGAAACAUUUUUGCAUUGUAUAAGAAAAGGACGCAUGUAGUUAUAAAUACACGUGAUUCAAACGUUGUGUGCGUGUAACUUUUAAGUUACUGUUCACUUAUGUUUCACGAGGUCCAAACGCAUCACACAUAUAAUGUGUAAAUCACAUUAAUAUCCGGAUACUAUAAUAGUUGAAAAAUCUUUAUUCCAUAUAUUUAUUUAUUGUUAAGGAAAAAUAGCUAUACAGAAAUAUUAUUUCUUAAGUACCAUAUAGUAUCCAAAUAUUAAUGCGAGUCAUUGCACAUACAAUGAUGUAUAGUGUAUGUUUCGUGCUUAGACAAAUAUAUAUACUUUUAACUACGUGUAUAGAAUUAUAAAAAAUGAUUAUUUUUUAUUAUGAUACAGCAUUCCUGAUUGUAGUCAGGCGAUAAUGUCAUAAAGAUUAAAGUUAUUUAUAUACGUUCGGAAGUUUAAAAACGUUUUAAAAUGAAUGUGUUAUACAUAGAUUGAGCCUGAAGUCUUGGCACAAAAUUUACAAAUAUAUUUUACACCUUAA